AUCCGGAAUAUAGUUGAAAUUUUCUUCAAAAUCGAGAUUGAUCUUCAUUCAAAUCUAUUCGAAAGUUCGAUUUUUUAUCAGAUGAUUUAUCAAAGUUUCUAUUGAGCUUUGUUUUUUGUUAUGAUUAUGAGAAAGGGGAGCUGAGAACAUUUCACAGUAGACCUAGCAGACAAACCGCCGUUGGUUCAGAGUUUAUAUAAGAAAUAAUGGCUGCUUCCAUAGUGCGAUAUCGUUUUUCGAAAACAAUUUGUUGUAAAAAGCAUCUAUUUACAAAGUUUUCAGUGCGGUCUGCAAGCAAAUACAGUAAAACAAUCGACAAAGUGGAAGAGCCAUAUGAAGAUAUUCGGGAUGUCAGUCGUUUACCAGAGAGACUGAAGGUUAAACUAAAGAAGAACACUGUAAAUGCCAUGCCGACUCCCGAUUACGUUCCAAACUAUUUAACAAAUAAUUCACGGGGUAUAAAGCGAUUUAAAAGAAAAACUUUUGCAAAGUAUGGACAAAAAUAUGACAUUAAUCCCGCAACUUUAUGGCCAACAGAGGAGGAGUUGGAAAAGGAAAAAUUGAGAAAUGUAUAUUUUGAUCCUCCUUUAGAAGAAAGUAUGGAAAAGUUGAGACUUUCAAAAGAGGAAGAAGAAAAUAAUAUACGUAAAAGGCAAGAAGAAAUUGAAAAGAAUAUGGGAAAAAUGAAGGAUUGGAUAAAAGCAUAUGAAGAUCGAAAAAAGAAUGCAGUGUUAACUGAACAAAGAGAUGAUGAAAGGCGGAAAAAGAUGAUUGACAAACUACAUGACCAUUUUGGCUAUCAAAUUCAUCUGCACUCCACUAAAGCGAGAGAAUACCUGAAAGAGCUAACAGAGAAGGAAAAGAAGGAGAAGAAACUUCAACACAAACAAGACAAACGGGACAAAGCCCAGCUACAACAGGGAAUGUCACAAAGUGAAGAAUAAAAUCAAAUUUAUAAAACUACCA